ACCUCGUGCCACAACUCUCAAACUUGUACAGGCAACCAAGAACACCUGUGAUCUACAUUUUGAGAUCAGGUAGUAUGAUUGAUCCAUGAAUCCCAUUAUCCAUCAUCCUCGAGUGAGAGUCCAGCACGAAAGCUGCAGCUACCACUCCAGCUUAUCCAUCUCAUCAUCCAUUCCCCUCGCAACGAACUCCCUGCCUCUCGCUCCGAUCGUCCGCGCCACGGCGGCGACACGAUGAAACCCCGAUCCAACUGACAAAAUUCCCAAGCGAAUCCUGUGCAGCUCGAGUAGAAGAGAAGAGAGAGUGCUUCUUGGCGAGCGAGUCAACGUCACAAUGGCGUCCCCGCUGCUGCUGCUGCUUCCGCUCGCCGUCUCGUCCCUUCUGCUGCCGUUCGCGGCGGCCGCGCGCGUCUUCUCCGUCGCGGACUACGGCGCGGCGGGCGACGGCGCGCGGUACGACACGGGGGCCAUCCAGGCGGCCGUCGACGCGUGCGCGGCGGCGGGGGGCGGGCGCGUCCUCCUCCCGGCGCCGGGGGACUACCUGACGGCGACCGUCCACCUCCGCUCGCGGGUGGUGCUCGACGUCGCCCCCGGGGCGCGGCUGCUGGGCGGGACCAGGCAGGCGGACUACCCUCCCGAGUCCCGCCGCUGGUACGUCGUCCUCGCCGAGAACACCACCGGCGCCGGGGUCACCGGCGGCGGCGAGAUCAACGGCCAGGGCGGGGCAUUCGUGGUCACCCCCAACCCGCAGAAGAACAUCAUGGUGAGCUGGAACGCCACCGGCGACUGCGAGGGCGACGAGUGCCGCCCGCGGCUCGUCGGAUUCAUCGACUCCAAGGACGUCACGAUCCACGACAUCACCCUCAACCAGCCUGCCUACUGGUGUCUGCAUAUUGUCAGGUGUGACAAUACAAUGAUCCACAAUGUGUCGAUAUAUGGGGAUUUUGACACUCCCAACAACGACGGCAUCGACAUUGAGGAUUCAAACAACACGGCCAUCACUCAUUGCCACAUAGACACCGGAGACGAUGCGAUAUGCCCCAAAUCAACCACAGGUCCUGUUUACAACUUGACGGCAACAAACUGCUGGAUACGGACUAAAUCUUGCGCUAUCAAGUUUGGCAGCGCUAGCUUCUUUGACUUCAAGAAGCUGGUAUUUGACAACAUUACAAUAGUUGAUUCACAUAGAGGACUUGGGAUGCAGAUUAGAGAUGGAGGAAAUGUGAGCGAUGUGGUGUUCUCAAACAUCAAAAUGAGCACCAGGUACUACCAUCCUUUAUGGUGGGGGAGAGCUGAACCGAUCUACAUCACCACAUGUCCAAGGCACCCAGAUUCCAAAGAAGGCACCAUUUCAGACAUUCAGUUCAUCAACAUCUCAUCGGUAUCAGAAAACGGAGUAUUCUUGGCUGGAUCGAAGCACGGGCUGCUUCGCAACCUGAAGUUCAAGAAUGUCGACCUAACCUACAAGAGAUGGACAAACUACUCGGGAGGGCUGUAUGAUUACAGGCCUGGAUGCCAAAAGAUGGUGAAGCACCGAACCGGUGGUAUGAUGCUGGAGCACAUCUCUGGCCUUGAGAUCGACAAUGUGAGGAUGAGAUGGUCAAGAGGAAGCCUCAAAGGCUGGGAUGUUGAUCCUCUCCUCUUCCAGCCAUCGACAGUCGACAAGCUGUCAUUCCAUGACUGGCAAUCGCUGGCUGUCAGUAGGUAAUGGAAGAGCAAGCCUACUGAACAUCACAUUUGUACAAGUAUCUGUAUCACAAUCUGAGUGGUGAUUCUUUUCUGAAACGUGUAAAUAAAGAUCACAUGAAAGGCAAUGGUCUUACCAUGUUGAUAAUCAUCGCUUGAAUGGCAUAAGGUUCUUACCAGUCAAUAAAAAUCCUCAAGUCCCAACUCCCUGUAAGCUUCAGCGAAUGGGCGAGAAUGGCUGCUGAAUUGAUUUCUGAGUACUGAACUGACUGAAUCAGAUACAAUCAAAUUCAAUCUCAAUUGUCUAUAAUAAACCUAUGCUGUCAUUCUGAUCUGGAUUUCGAAUUUUAA